AUGGAAAGAAGCCAAGAGGAUUCAGAAGAGCAAGAAGAUACCGCUGAAGUAUGAUAGAAUUUAGGAUUAUAUAAAACUCAGUUCAGGAGACUCAAAAGAAGCUCUAGACUCAGCGUGCAGAUAUGGAAUAAGACCAGAUGAAAGAAAAAAGUCUCAACUUCAGAUUUUGAAGUCACCUUACCAAUGUCAUAAUAGCUUUCCUAAAAGACCUUUAUUUAACGAUCUGGAGCAGUAUAAAAAGCUUGACCAAGAUGCCCUUUUCUUUAUAUUUUAUCAUCAGCAUGGAACAUAUCAGCAAUUUCUUGCCAGCAAAUUACUAUCCUUUUCAUUAUAAAUAAUAUUUUUUAUUUUUUUCAUAUAUAUCUUGGAUAAUUUAUAAAAAAAAAAUAUAAAAUCCAAAGAUUGGAUUUACCAUAUGCAAUAUCAAACUUGGUUUCAAAGACAAGGCGCUCCAAAAGUAACAACUCCAGAAAAAGAGCAAGGAACUUAUCUAUAUUUUGACUAUGAAAUUAAUUGAACUCAGCAAAAAAAAGCGAAUUUUGAGCUGGAGUAUGCUAAAAUUGAAAAUGAUGUGAAAUAUAAAUAA